GCAGACGAUGAGGUAAAGUUCUUCCCGGCUGCUAUAGCCUAUGGAAUGAUAGGCCCAGAUUGCAAAGACUGUCCAGUCUGCCAGGAGGAACUGGCCAAGAUAGCUGCGGAAGGGGGAGAGAUCCCAAUCAAGACACACUGUGGCCACAUCAUAGGAAAGAACUGUCUGCGAGCUUGGGUGAAGUCAUGGGAUGGCGACGGGAAACCGGGGAGUCCGACAUGCCCUCUGUGUCGAGCGCAGUUGUCGUUGUCGUUGCUCUACCAAGACAUUGAGUCGCUGCCGUUGGUCGAGCAAAUUGAAUUGCUGCCAAGUGAAGUGCAGCCAAUCGCCCGGGAUUGGGUGGCAUAUGCACGCAGCGAUGAGGCGCUGGACAGGGAAGUGGAUGCCUUCCUAUUGGAGGCACGGCAGGAGGACAUCUAUGGGUGUUAUGGAGUUGAGUUGGGGGACAUGCUGGCAAGGCUGGAGACACGGCGGCUGAAGUUCAUCGAGUACCAGAAGGCGCUGCAAACGGUUCUCGCAGGUAUGCAGACUGACUAAGCAAUGCUCGUGAUGGCGCUGGGAUGGCAAAUGUUAUUUGACCCCGUGCGUUUUUCAAGCAGGAUAGAUUUCAGAUAGUUGUACUGUGUCUUAGACGUAGAAUGUAAAAUUUCCUUAUACCUUGGGGCGAAAGUGAUAGUACUGGUGU